AUGUGCUUGGAGACAGACGAGUGGAAAAGUAGAGAAGUGGAAGAAGACGACAUGCAGAACCUAGGUGAUGCCCCAACGGAGUGCACUCCUCUUGUUCUUGAAUACUGUGCAAGGGACCAGAAUUUGAUCAUUUCCUCUUUGCAGGAACCUCAUCCUUCUCAAAUAAGACCUGAAAGUGGUCCACAAGCGGGUGGAACCACACUUACCAUCACUGGUACAAACCUGGCCACUGGUUCCAAGAAGGAUGUUCAAGUUUCAGUUGGUAGCCAGCCUUGCAAUGUCACUGAAUUUGGAGAUGAGAUUGUUUGCAUCACAGGACCUAAUAGCAAGGUUGAAGAUGUUCCAGUCACAAUGGACUAUGGGGGCACAACAGUUAGUGUACCACAGCUGUUUUCAUACAGUGAAAAUCCUACUGUCACCAAGUUCCUGCCAGUAAAUAGCUUCAGCAGUGGAGGGAGAAAUAUUACAGUAACUGGAACCGGUUUUGAGCUCAUCCAGAGUUUCUCGUUGGUGGUAUAUGCAGAGCGUCCAGAAGCAGGGAGAACAAAUCUUAAAAGGUUUGAUGGAAAACUUGUUACAAGACUCAAUGAAACUACAGUGGUUUUUUCUUCCCCACCAAUACUGGAAGACCCAGAAAACUAUAACAUUACCACUAUUAUUCUAAUGGAUCAUUAUCAUUUGGUUGUAAAAAAUGAGAGCCACUCCUUUGCCUAUGUUGCAGACCCAACCUUUGAAAACUUCACAGAUGGCAUCAAAAAACAAGUCAACAAGCUUAUUAACGCAAAGGGCAGUAACCUGAACAAAGCCAUGACGAUAGAUGAGGCCCAGGCUUUUGUGGGUGAUGAACCUUGCAACAUAAAAACACUAACUGAAACGGACUUAUAUUGUGAGCCACCAGAAGUACAGCCUCAACCAAAGAAACGACAGAAGAGAGAUACCAUUAAUAACCUUCCUGAAUUUAUUGUGAAAUUUGGACUCCGGGAAUGGAUCCUUGGAAGGGUGGAAUAUGAUACACGUGUGAGUGACGUCCCACUGAAUCUUAUUUUGCCACUGGUACUUAUUCCUAUGAUAGCAAUAAUCGUCUUUUCUAUCAUCUGUUACAGACGCAAGAGCCAACAAGCAGAACGAGAGUACGAAAAAAUUAAAUCACAACUUGAAGGACUGGAGGAGAGUGUCAGAGACCGGUGCAAGAAGGAGUUCACAGAUCUAAUGAUAGAGAUGGAGGAUCAGACAAAUGAUAUCAAUGAAGCUGGAAUUCCAGUACUGGACUAUAAAACCUACACGGACAGAGUCUUCUUCUUGCCCUCCAAAGACGGAGAGAAAGACGUGAUGAUUACAGGGAAGCUGGAUAUUCCUGAGGCCAGGCGGCAGACUGUGGAGCAGGCUUUGAACCAGUUCUCCAACCUCCUCAAUUCCAAAUCAUUUCUCAUUAAUUUUAUUCACACACUGGAAAACCAAAGGGAGUUCUCUGCUCGAGCUAAAGUGUAUUUUGCAUCUUUACUGACAGUUGCUUUACAUGGAAAACUAGAAUAUUAUACUGACAUCAUGAGGACGCUGUUCUUGGAACUGAUGGAGCAGUAUGUUGUGGCCAAAAAUCCAAAGCUGAUGCUAAGAAGAUCUGAAACAGUUGUUGAGAGAAUGUUGUCUAACUGGAUGUCUAUUUGUUUGUAUCAGUACCUCAAGGACAAUGCUGGGGAACCCCUUUAUAAAUUGUUCAAGGCUAUCAAACACCAGGUAGAAAAAGGCCCAGUGGAUGCUGUUCUAAAGAAAGCCAAGUAUACGCUGAAUGACACAGGCUUACUGGGAGAUGAUGUAGAGUAUACACAGCUGACAGUAAAUGUAUAUGUACAAGAUGGAGGAAUCGAUUCCAUACCUGUGAAAGUGCUGAACUGUGAUACUAUAUCACAAGUAAAGGAAAAGAUAAUAGACCAAGUCUAUCGAAAUCUGCCGUGUUCUCAGUGGCCAAAAGCUGAGAGUGUAGUUCUUGAGUGGCGUCCAGGUUCUACUGCACAGAUCCUCUCAGACUUGGAUUUAACAUCCCAAAGAGAUGGCAGAUGGAAACGUAUCAACACACUAAUGCAUUAUAAUGUCCGAGAUGGUGCCACGCUCAUCUUAUCAAAAAUGGGAGUUUCCCAGCAGCCAGAGGAUAAUCAGCAAGAUGUCCCAGGGGAAAGGCAUGCACUCCUGGAAGAGGAAAAUAAGGUCUGGCAUCUAGUCCGGCCAGUAGAUGAAAUAGAUGAAGGCAAAUCGAAGAGGGGCAGCGUGAAAGAAAAAGAGAGGACCAAAGCAAUUACAGAAAUCUACCUGACCAGACUUCUCUCUGUGAAGGGGACUCUUCAGCAGUUUGUAGAUAACUUCUUUCAUAGCGUGCUCAACUCGAACCAUGUGGUGCCACCAGCUGUGAAAUACUUCUUUGACUUUCUUGAUGAGCAAGCAGAAAAACAUGACAUCAAGGAUGAAGAUACCAUUCACAUCUGGAAAACAAACAGCCUGCCUCUUAGAUUCUGGGUAAACAUACUGAAAAAUCCCCAUUUCAUCUUUGAUGUUCAUGUUCACGAAGUAGUGGAUGCUUCCUUGUCAGUCAUUGCACAGACUUUCAUGGAUGCUUGCACAAGAACAGAGCACAAAUUAAGCAGAGAUUCUCCGAGUAACAAAUUACUUUAUGCAAAAGAAAUCUCUAACUACAAGAAAAUGGUGGAAGAUUACUACAAAGGUAUUCGUCAAAUGGUGCCAGUUAGUGACCAAGACAUGAAUACCCAUCUAGCAGAGAUUUCUAGGGCACAUACCGAUUCCUUAAAUACGCUUGUGGCUCUACACCAACUUUACCAGUAUACUAACAAAUACUAUGAUGAG